AUGAGGACUACUGGUGCAGUGGACUAUUUGUACUAUUGCAUGCUCAUCCUGCAGUUUGUGCAUCAGCCCGCUGCCAAGCAAGUGCUCCGGUACCGUUUGGCUGAGGAGGGACCCGCCGAUGUCAGAGUCGGAAACGUAGCCGCCGACCUGGGCAUUGUUGCCGGGUCCGGCGAGGUGACAUUCACGCUCGAAUCCGGCUCCGAUUUUUUCAAAAUAGAUAACAUAACAGGUGAGCUCACCACCAAUGAGAGGCGGAUAGACCGUGAAAAAUUACAGCAGUGCCAAAUGAUAUUUGAUGAAAAUGAAUGUUUUAUCGAUUUUGAAGUGUCAGUCAUAGGACCAGCCCAGAGUUGGGUCGACCUGUUCGAGGGAAAAGUCAUCAUACUGGACAUUAAUGAUAACACCCCUUCUUUCCCUUCCCCUGUCCUGACACUGUCUGUGGAGGAAAACAGACCCAUUGGAACCCUUUAUCUGCUGCCCACUGCCACAGACAGAGAUUUUGGCAGAAACGGAAUAGAGAGAUACGAGCUUAUCCAGGACAAUGGGGAGAACUCAAGGCGCUUGGGCUCUUCUGGGGAUUCAUUCUCGGGGAAGAGGAGGUUUGAGGAAGGCGCGAGCAGGAGCAGCGUCUUUGAACUGCAAGUUGCUGACACUACUGAUGGAGAGAAACAGCCUCAGCUCAUCAUUAAAGGGGCCCUUGAUAGGGAACAGAGAGACUCCUAUGAGCUCACACUGCGUGUUAGGGAUGGAGGCGAUCCCCCUCGCUCCUCCCAGGCCAUUCUGAGGGUGAUGAUCACUGAUGUGAAUGACAACAGCCCUCGGUUUGAGAAGAGUGUGUAUGAAGCUGACCUACCAGAAAACAGCUCCCCUGGGGCCCCCAUACUCCAGCUCAAAGCAGCUGAUGCAGACGUGGGGGUUAAUGGUCAAAUAGAAUAUGUGUUUGGGGCAGCCACAGAGUCAGUAAGGAGGCUGCUGAGGUUGGAUGAGAGCACAGGGUGGCUGAGUGUGUUGCACCGCAUUGACCGUGAAGAAGUGAGCCAACUGAGGUUCACAGUAAUGGCCCGUGACCGAGGCCAGCCACCCAAAAUGGACAAGGCCACUGUGGUGUUGAACAUCAAGGAUGAGAAUGACAACGUUCCUGCUAUAGAGAUACGGAAAAUUGGACGCAUUUUCUUAAAAGAUGGUGUAGCCAAUGUGGCUGAGGAUGUGGUGGUGGACACACCCAUUGCCUUAGUACAGGUGUCGGACCGCGACCAGGGGGAAAACGGCAUAGUGACCUGCACAGUGGUAGGGGAUGUGCCCUUUCAGCUCAAACCAGCCAGUGAAAUGGAGGGUGAGCAGAAUAAAAAGAAAUAUUUCCUCCACACGUCUGCACCGCUGGACUAUGAGGCCACACAGGAAUACAAUGUGGUCAUAGUAGCGGUGGACUCUGGAAGCCCCAGUCUGGCAAGUAAUAACUCCCUUAUCGUCAAAGUGGGCGACACUAAUGACAACCCUCCUAUCUUUAGCCAGAAUGUAGUAGAGGUGUCGUUUCCAGAAAACAAUGCCCCUGGUGAGAGGGUGACAACAGUGGCAGCCAUCGACGCAGAUAGUGGGAAGAACGCGGAAAUAGCCUAUUCCCUUGACUCAUCAGUAAAUGGAAUUUUCUCUAUUGAUGCAGACAGUGGAGACAUCCGAGUAAACAGCAUUCUGGACAGAGAGCAAACGGAGCGCUACGAAUUCAAAGUGAUAGCCAAAGAUAAGGGCAUAAACACCCUUCAGGGCUCCGCAACAGUGGUUGUCCUCGUGGCCGAUAAGAAUGACAACGAACCAAAGUUCAUGCAGGAUGUGUUCACCUUCUAUGUCAAAGAGAACCUUGAGCCAAACAGCCCAGUUGGCAUGGUUACAGUCAUUGAUGCAGAUAAAGGCCAAAAUGCAGAGAUGAGUCUUUUCAUUGAAGAAGAGGAGGACAUCUUUUCUAUUGAGAAUGACACUGGUACUAUUUUCUCCACCCUGUCCUUUGACAGAGAGCAGAAAACUACAUACACCUUCCGUGUCAAAGCUGUGGAUGGUGGUGACCCUCCCAGAUCCGCUACCGCUACAGUGUCACUCUUUGUUAUGGAUGAAAACGACAAUGCACCAACGGUCACUUUCCCAAUAAACAGCUCCUACACCCUUCUUCCUCCAUCCAGUAACAUCAGAACAGUAGUCAGAACUGUCAUAGCCACCGAUACUGACACUGGCAUCAAUGCAGACCUGAACUACAGCAUCAUUGGGGGAAACCCCUUCAAGCUGUUUGAGAUUGAUGGAGGCUCUGGGGUGAUUUCACUGGUGGGGAAGCUGGAGCAGAAGCACUAUGGCCUCCACAGACUGGUGGUCCAGGUGAAUGACAGAGGGCAGCCUUCACAGAGCACCACCACACUAGUCCAUGUUUAUGUUAAUGAGACUCUUUCAAAUUCCACAGUUGUGGAGGCACAGGUGGCUAAAAGCCUCAGCACGUCUCUCAACACCAACAUUGCCGGUGACCCCAACUAUGAUCUAAGCAAACAGCGGUUAAGCAUUGUAAUUGGAGUAGUUUCAGGCAUCAUGACAGUCAUCCUCAUCAUUCUUGUCGUUGUCAUGGCCCGUUAUUGCCGUCCCAAGAAUAAGAAUGGCUAUGAAGCUGGAAAGAAGGAUCAUGAAGACUUCUUUACACCACAGCAGCAUGACAAAUCCAAGAAGCCGAAGAAAGAUAAGAAGAAACAGAAGUCUAAACAGCCGCUCUAUAGCAGUAUUGUCACUGUAGAGGCCUCCAAACCCAAUGGGCAGCGAUAUGACGGCGUCAACGAGAAGCUGUCGGACAGUCCAGGCAUGGGCCGCUACCGUUCAGUCAAUGGAGGGCCCGGGAGCCCAGACUUGGCCCGACACUACAAGUCCAGUUCGCCACUCCCCACUGUCCAGCUUCACCCGCAGUCGCCAACAGCUGGAAAAAAGCACCAGGCAGUUCAGGACCUGCCCCCUGCCAAUACCUUUGUUGGCACCGGAGAUAACAUUUCCCUUGGAUCUGACCACUGCUCUGAAUACAGCAGUCAAACUAUCAACAAGUACAACAAACAGCCGUUUCGCCGAGUGACCUUCUCGGUGGUGAGCCAGCCCCAGGACCCUCACCAGCAGGGAUCGCUGCAGAGCUGCUACGACAGCGGCCUGGACGAGUCAGAGACGCCCAGCAGCAAGAGUUCGUCGGGCCCCCGGCUGGGCGCCCUUCCCCUGCCCGAGGACAGCUACGAGAGGACAACGCCGGAUGGCAGUGUCGACUCCCGGCCUUUGCCUGACGUAGCCAUGACUGGCAAGUGCACCCGGGAAUGCGAUGAGUACGGCCACUCGGACUCCUGCUGGAUGCCUGUGCGCACGUCGCCCGAGCGACGGCCAUCCAAGUCAACCACCACCCCCCAACAACCAAAGCUUUCCACUUUCAUGAGCGGCAACGGCAGCGGCAGCAGCAGCGCCGAGCAGCCCGGCAGCCAAGAGACCCUCGCCAUGGCCGCUAUGGCCAACGGAGACCCCACUGCCGCUCACAUGAUGGGCGACCGCAAUCGCAACCUGCUCAACAAGAAGAUGGCCUCCUCCUCCUCCUCCUACGAGGCCUUUGGCUCGCCUUCCUACGGCUCGCCAGCAGGCGGGGAGGAGGCACUGGGCCACCCCACCGAGGAGAUCCCUCUGGCACCUACUGGGGAGUACAAGCCCACGUCCUGUGGCACUCUGACACGACGGGAAGUGUACCUGUGAGUUCGGAGGGUUAGACACACCUGCGGUGCCACAGAAUGUGGCAUUAAAAUACAACACUAAGCAUAGUUGCUUACCCACCACCGUUACAGCUCUAGAAGCUUUUAGCCACCCUUGUUCUGCGCAAGGUAGGACUAAAUUUUCUCCAAAGACUUUUAGGACAGCUCCUUAAUGAAAAAUCUAUGCGGAUAGAAAAACAUGAUACCAUUUUUAACGUGCAAAUUCUGGAAGAACAGAGGAGGAGGAGGAACUCUUGCGGGCACUGAUUAGACUUGGGAUGAGGCUGUUCUACUGGCGAGUCGGGCUCUUGGGACACAAUCUGCUGCCUGACAGUCAAUCUGUACAAUAAUCAACUCAUUUUACAUAUACAGUACAUGCAUGCAUUACCCGCUGUCCCCCAUGAAGACCCCAAUCCCUGAAGAUGACACUAUAUAAAAGAGACAAUUUCUUUAUUCUGUUUAUGUUUUUUCUAGAAACAAAGCUGUACAUGUGGACUAUUUUGACUUCAAAGUGUGUCCGGUUAUGCCUUUUUUUUAAUUUCAGAACAGGGCAACACUCUGGCCAUGACAUUCUGUGGCUGCAACAAUACAUUGGACGUGAUGGUCUCCAUCAUGAUGAGUUUUCCAUGGAUUGUGUCAUGAUGACUGUUUGUGAGAAAAUUUACUCUAUAGCAGAACAAAACUUUACCCUAUUCGAAUCUUAAAUGGACAGAAAAGACUAAGCUUUAAAUACUCAGCCCAGAAAACUACAUUUAUUUCAGGCCGAUCUUGAAAUGGAUGGAAAUGGGAGCCAGUGGAAUUUGCUGCAACAACCAUUGGUUUCAGACUACAACCCCACUGGUGUACUAUGAUGAACAUAUGAUGACUGAUUCUAGCUUACCAGUGUGUAUGCUCCUCACAGGCGGAAAGUCACUUAUUGUACAUAAACAUUGGACCACAGCAACGGCGCUAACUGCUCUCAUUCCCUUUUGUCUUGCUACCUUUCCUCAGUCUCUCGUUCUUUGUAUAUGAUUGGCGACAUUGAGACCAAAACCCUCUUUAAGAGAUGCAAGAUCUUAGAGCCAUGACCUAUCAUCGCAUUGGCUGAAAAAGCAUGUCUGUACUUGGUUGUGCAUAUUCGGAUCACCUCAGCGGGAUGCUACUGUUUAUAUCAAUACUUACCCUGUUUUUUCUCAAACACACAUGCAGACACACACUUAUACAGCUGCAGAAAAGCAGAUUCAUUUAACUGAGGCCAGUGGCACUGCUGUAUUGAGUGAAAAUCCUGGGUAAGCACAGUGUGUGGCAUGCUGAGAUUAUUAUUAUAAAUUAUGGAGGUGCAAUUGAAAUUGUAUGUGCGUAUGGGCCAGAUAUGCAGCAUAUAGUAUGUGUGUAUAGGCCAUAUUUAGUGUAUACUGUAGAUGUACACCAAUAAUAGGCUUAGGAGGGCUUAAACAUGGCCAAGCUGGUUCUAAAACAGCUGCAAGGACAGCUUUCUACUGUUAUUCCUUUUUUGUUGUGUGAUAGACUGAGCAAUAAAUAUCAUAAUGUACAUGUGACCAACCAGCAUUAACUUCUUUUUCACUUCCUCUCAAGCCUUCAAGGUGACAUUAACCCACACAUGGCUGUCCUAGAGUCCUUUUAGCACUAGUACAUGUUGCUUUCCAUAGUACAUGGUGAUGGCAUCUUUGAGCACGAAUGUAAGAAUCAGCUCAACGGAGAACAAUCAAAAAGCAGCGCCUAAAUGAGCAGAUACCAGGAAGUUUUUGGAUUACAGGUUGGGAAUAAUGGUGUCAAAGUGAAACCAAAGCUUCGCAAGCAGGAUGAAGCAUUCCCCCAUUACACACAAAAAUAGCUUUCUGGGAGAACACUGCUUUAAGUACACAUUACAUGAUGACUUUUUUUUUUAACGAAGGAUUGAGCUUGAACGAUCUGAAUGUGAUGUCUCAACAAAGCAUCCAUUACAUCCUCAGAGCUUAAUGACCACUUACACACAUACAUAACAAUGUUGAGAUGUUGUGCCUCCUUGUCUAGAGUGAUUUUUCUUUUUCGCAGCUACAGAGGCGUAAAAUCUCAUGACUGUAAUAAAGCAAAAGAAUAUCAGAUGCAAUGGAACUUUUUUGUAUGUUAGCAAAACCCCUUUGGUUUGACCGGAGCCGCUUUUUCAGCAUUCCGGCAAUCUAUAGUCUGUAAGUACUACUCGUUGUUCGAAAGAAAGUGCUCCUAUACUUAUCAACUGUAUACAAAAAUAUUUACUUUUUACUGCACGUUUAAUGGGAACUUACUUCACCUACUGAGAAGGAAGAAGAAAAAAACUGUAAAACAAAAUGUACAAAAAAAUGUUAUUCCUGUACACAUAGAAAUCCACCUUGUUGCUUGCUUUCGUUAUACCUAAAGAAACAUUAGCCAUGUAUUAGCCAACUUAGUACAUCAGUUAAGACUCUACAUACCACAGUUUUGUUUUUUUUUUAUACUUAAUUUCAUUUUGUCUCUCAUAUCACCACAGAAACCCAAAUCUUUCACGUGUUUCAUUUAUAUCAACUUCAUACCAUGGAAUUUGCAAUUUUGUAUCUUCAUCUUAUAUUUUUCUUUUAAAUCCCAUACGUUGAUUUAUUACACAAUAACUGUCAAAAUCGUGAAAAUUAUCAUGACAAUGUACUAUGUGUUUUACUUUUUUUCUUUAUCUGGUGCCACUUUGUAUAUUUAGAGUGCUUCUGAAAAAAGAAAAAAAAAAUACUAGAGUGAAUGCAAAUAUGCAAUUGUGCCUUUUUAUACCAAUUGGUAUGAUUAAAUGUUGGUUUGGAAUGGUGCAUAAACAAAAAUGUGCUCAUUAAAGUAGAUGGGGUGGCAUUUAAGAACGGACUGAAAUACAUUUGUAUAUCUUAGAUGAAAUCCCCUGAUGUCAAAGGCUUCUCGGUGGAUGACCAGUCAAAUGUCAGUGAGCCUAUAGAUCUAAUGUUCAAAUGGCUAUUGUUCACUGGGUUCAAUUAUCUUGUUGAAAUAUCCAUUCCUAGCAUAGUGCAUUACCAAAUGAGUACAGGUACAUUCAAAAGUUGCUUGUUGGUAGUAAUAAUAAUGAUAUAAUGGAUUUUUUUUUGUCGUGUUCCACUCAUGUAAUGUAUGACAUCAGAGGUCAAGUAACCAUCUUUGUGCAUGAAACAAGCCCUAGGACUGAAUAUAGAAGCAUAGAAAGAUGGAGGUGGAAAAAAAAAAAAAAAUGCUUGGAGACAUUUGACUGCUCAGAGUUGAGGGAGCCUAGAGGUAAAAAUGCUAAUGUAACGGUUUACUAGGAAGAGUGGAAGUGGGGGGAAAAAAAAGCUGCAAGGGAGAGUAGCUGACAGAACACACACCUCAGGCUGUGUCAAGCAACACAACAACACUCACACACAGAUUUACAUUAUAUGCAUAUCAGUAGAUGAUGAAAGACUGUCCUACAAAUAGGCAGGGAACGUUGUUUGCUGUGAUACUGCAAGGUGAUGCUUUGAAUUUCUAGAUCAGAUGAAGUGAAAACAAAGACCCUGUAGUGAGAAACUCAGACAAGAGGAGGUAAUGAAAGAAAAUAUGCCAUAUAUUGGCACCUACACUGAAUACAGUGCACACUAGUUCAUUUCUGAGCACUGAAAGACUCAGUAAUUUUUUUUUCUGAUAUUCACUGAGGUAAAUGCUACAGAAAUCUGGAUGACAGUAGAUGGUAUUAUGUUGUAAUUUUUUUCUUAACAUUUGACAGAACAUGAAGUACGCAACACCUGCCAUCAAAAUGUCUGUGUCCUGUUGCCGCCUGGGGUUUGUGUUCAGUCUGUGCUCACCUCUAUUCGUAUAGCAUUCACAGUGUGUAAUGAGAUUUGUAAUAUUAACCAUUACUAUUUGUCCUGCGACUUGGAUGUUGAUAUAGAAAUUGAGGAACAAAUUUAUCAUCGUUUAAUAUGAGUCACUAUGCACGCAGCUUAGCUGAACAUGGCAAAGUGUAUUGAACGCAAGUCCACUUCUAUUUAUGAGAUAUUUUACAUAAUUUAAUUUGCUUUUGUACAGGUUUGUGUAAAUAAAU